CGUAGUGAUGACGAAUCACGCGCGUCUAUUCUCUGCGACUCACGUUGAUUUUCGUUCAGGAUUUGGUUGGCCAUAAAAAUCCUGAAGGAAAACUUUUUUAGUUUGAAAAGAUGUCUUUCUCUGAAGAUGAAUCACUGCAUGUCGCAUCAGCUGGUCAAUCGAAGCUGGAAAGUUACUUGUUCAGUUGUGAAUUGUCAUCCAAAGUGCCCUCCUAUAGUUUCCACGAUGAUGAAGAGGAGGAUUUGGAACAUUUUCUUGAGCUUAGAACAGUUUGCCUCGGAGAAGGUGCUAAGGAGGAGAGCAAUGUCGUGGAGGUAACCGCCAUGAACCACCUGGGAAAGAAUGUUUCAGUGCCGAUCGCCAAUCUGAACAUAAAGUGCCUUCCUAUGAUGAGUUUGGGAGAGUUUGAACUCAAAGCCCCAGUCACCAUCAGACUCAAAGCUGGAUCAGGGCCUGUCGUCAUCAGCGGCCUGCACCUUAUUGCUUCACAGGAGGAAGACUCUGACAUGUCUGAAGAGGAGGAAACAGAGGAGGAAGAUGAGGAUGAAGAAGAGUUGCCUGCCAUUAAACCUGCAAAGAAGAAGCAGUAGUCAGAAACCUUGAACUUCUAGAUUAAAAACAAAUGGCUAACUUUUUUAUACGAAACGUUACAUGUUACAGCUUCUUCCGCACAGCCGUGAUCGUGGCGAUGCUGCAGAAGGACCUGCUGCAGGUCCAGGUCCAGUUACCUGGUUUUAUAAUCAGACUGUCAUAAUGCUGUUCCACCAGCAGAUCCUGGCAACGUUUAAUGAUGAAAACAUUGUAAUUAAACGUCAAAAUGACGUCAACUUGUCUUAUACAAUCGAUUUAUAUGCAGUUCAUUAAAAGUAGUUAACUAUGUUUUUAAGUCUUUCUGACAUUCUUGUUUAUAUGUGUAUUUGUUGGUGCAUGACGGAAAUAAAAAGAAAUAACUGAACAAGUUUAAAGAAGUUACAAAAAACACAAAUUAUGGAAGUCACCUGCAUUUAAGGGGAACUUUGUGUUCACAGUAUUAGGAAACAUUGUUGUAGUUCCAACAAAAAAUCUAGCAAAUGAGUGUGCUGGAAGAACCCAUUGAAUUAAAAACCUCUUCCUGGGUUUUAACUUCUUUUGACUUGUUGCUAAAAAAAAAGUCAACUUUUCCUAUCCAACCUGUUUGAAAGGAUGCCACAAAUUGACGUCUUUGAGACAAAUGUUAAUUUUGUAUUUGAUACCAAAAAUGUGACAAUAAAAGACAAUCUUAAAAAAA